AUGUUGUUUAAGUUAAAAUAUUUAAGGAAACAUAACAAAAUUUAUGAUAUGAUUCAAUUUUCCAAAUGUAAGAAUGCAUAUGUAAUAAAAAGGUCUGUAAGAACCAGUAUUUUUAAAGAUGAUGAUAUAUAUUUAAACCCACAAGAUAUACAUAAUGAAUCCUUACCUAAAAUAAAUUAUUUAAAUUCUGGAAAAUUAGAUGAAUAUGUAUAUAAUCGUAAUAAUAUAGGAAUGGAUACUAUUAUAAUUAAUAGCAAGUAUAUGAAUAUAAAAAUGAUUAAUAAAUUAUAUAAAAAAUUAUGUGAUAGUGAAGUUAAUUAUACUAAAAGGUUUAUUUUUUUAACAUCCUUAUAUAAUAAUAUAUUUAAUUAUAGUUAUAAUUUAUAUGAUUUAUUAAAAAUUUUAGAAUUAUAUCAAAAAAGUAAAGAUAUACAUUAUGUAAAUUUAUUCAAAAAAAUUUUACAAAAUACAAAUGAUUUAGCAUAUCUUAUAUUUUCUUAUAAAAAACCAAUUAUAUCAUAUUGUAACGGGAAAAUAAAAGGAUCUGCAGGAUUCUUGUCUUUUCUAGCUAAUAAUAGUGCUUCAUUCAAUCAUUCUUCAUAUACAUAUAAUAAUUUAAAUUAUUCAUUCUUACCUUAUGGAGGAAUAUCUUUUAUACUAGCUAAUUUAAGAGCUAACUUAGGAUUUUAUUUCGCCUUAACAGGUCAGGUAAUACAAUCAUCAGAUUUGGUUUGGUGCGGAUUAACUAAAAGAUGGAUAUCUGAUGAAAGUUUGGAAUUAAUGGAGAUAAGUUCUGAAAGUCAAUUAGAAGUUUCAGAACAAGAUGCACAUAUUUUAUUAGAGGAGCAUUUUUUAAAAAUACCUGAAAAAUAUACCUUAAAAAAUUAUGAACAAGUCAUACAUGAACAUUUUAAACAUAACAAUUUGUUAACUAUAUUAAAAUGUUUGGAUCAAUCAAGAAAUAGUUCAGAUCAAAACAUAAGAAAAUGGGCUGAUGAAACGUAUCAAAAAAUUAUUACCCUUCCACCAUUAGCUACUCAUUUGACAUUUGAAAUAUUAAAUAUUUUAAGAAAUUACAAAAUGGAAUUAUUAAAAAAAGCUCAAGUAAAUAAACGUUUAUGGAAUGAAAUGAUAAAAAAUAGUUAUAAAGUACCAACAACAAAAGAACAAAUAAGUAUGAAUGAAUUAAAAUAUACUAUUGAUAAAGAAUUAUUUAUUAAAUCAUUAAAUAUAGAAACUAAUACAUUAUUAAAUUUUAUAUCAUGUCCUGAUAUUCUAAAUGGUAUAACAUCCUAUUUAGUAAAAGAUACCAACCAUGCCUUCUCAUCAACAUAUUUAAAUAACAAUAUAUUUCAAAUUAAAAAAGAUAUUAUUUAUUAUUUCCUCUUUUAUAAAAAUUCUUAUGAAUACACUAUAUAUGACAGACCGGAUAUAAGUUAUUCAAGUUUGAGUGUUUUAGAAAAAUAUAAUCAGCACUACAAUGCUGAAAGUAAUACAAGUCACGACAAACUUUUCUUUUCCAAGCAGUUUGAACGGUGGAACGAUGAUUACCUCCAAGAAGAGCUGGAAGAUAUUAACAAACAUUUUUUAUAG